AUGCUUUUCUAUGCCUCCUUCAAUAUGGAAUUGUAUAUACAAUCAUGUUAUGUUCAUGAUAAAAACAAGACUUCAGUAAUCGGGAAACACCAAAGUGCCAUAACAUGUGGAGUAUUUUCAAAUAAUGAUUGGCUUGCGCUUGGUUCAACCGAUUCAAUGAUCACUGUUAGCAGCAUUAAUGGUGACUUGAUAUAUUCGUUCAUGAAUAACACGGAACCAUCACUGAUUAAAUUCUGUGACCGGAAACAACCAAAUGAUAAGAAUGCUAAGUCUGACCUUGUGGUAAGUGCUGUUUUGGAUCAAAAUAUUAUAGUAUUGGCAGAAUUGAAUGGUGAUAGAGAACCUAUCAAUCUUCAAUGUCAAGCUCGUUAUGGUGAAAUCGUAACAUAUUGCUGGUAUCGGAGUAAUUUUUUAUUAUUGGGUUUUACUAAAGGCUUUCUUGUUUGCGUUUCAACGAUUGCCUCAGAGAUUGGUCAAGAAAUAUAUGUAGUACAGGAUUUCAAAACAUAUUUGUCCUCUAUUUGUAUUAGUGAGGCAUCCUCAAAAAUUCUACUAACUGGUGACAGUCAGAUACGGAUACGUGAACUGAGUCAACUUGAUGAAAUUGUUGAAAUUAUUGAAGUGGACAGUAAGAAUAAUGACUUAUAUAGUACUGCAACAAAUUACGAUGGACAAUUGGUUGCCAUCAGUACUCAUUCCGGCACAUUGCAUUUGUUUCUAACAAAAAUGCCCAUACUUGGAGCCGUUUACCAGAAUACUAUUGCAAUUUUGUCAUCAUUGAAUGAAAUAACUCUUUUCAAAGAAGGAGAAAAGAAUCCAUUAACAGUAGUGAAAAUCGAACUGGAACCAACAGGAAUCGCACUAGGUCCAAAACAUAUUGCCAUUUCAAUAAAUAAUCGUGCAUGGCUGUACGAAAUUAUUGGAACGAAAGAAGUCCGGUACGUCUAUGAAAUUGAAUAUUUGUCAACAAUUAAUGCCAUGCAUUUGAAUGAGAAAUACGCUGUUGCUAAACUGGAUAAUCGGGCACAGUUACGAAAGCUGUAUGAUGAAAACGGGAAAUACAGUACCGAGGGAAAUGGAUUUCUCAUUCCGGAUUCAGAACAUGCUAAUUAUGGGCUUCAGGACAUUACACUCACUGAUAAUUUCCUCAUUUAUUGCACGAACGAAGGGCAUCUAUAUUACUAUUCAUUAGCAGAUGAAGCAUAUGUGAACGAAUACAAACAUGUGGCAAGAAUAACAUCAUUAUACCCGGAACCAGGAGGAAUUAAACUUUGUUUUUUCGAUGAACACUUAAAUGCUUACAUCUACAGUCCUGUUGAUGACGAGCCUAUCAAAAUUCCCUCAAUCGAUUCUACUGCUCAUUUAAAGAACUGUUUAUGGGAAAAUUUCUCCGUGGAUCGCGAUACAUUUGUUGUAUGUGACUCUGAUACUGUUCAUGUUUUUCUUAUAUCCAAGAAUCAAAUAGAAAAUAUUUCAUUGAUAAAAAUUGGAUUUACAAAGAUACCAUACGGAUAUAUUCCAAUGAUGCUUUCUAAGGGAAUUUUGCAUUGUCAAAUGCAAAAUGGACGUAUUGGUAGUGUACUGUUAGAGAGUCAUCGAACUGAUAUGGUAUUCGAUGGGAAAUCCUUAACUACUCUGGGAGAGUUAUUGGAUCAAUCACUUAGUCUUAAAAGAUGGAUGUAUGCGUGGCGUAUAUGCGAAUAUACAAAAAUUCAUGAACACUGGAACAAAUUCGCAAUCGCAGCCACAAAAAAUGGCGAAGUGGAUUUAGCGAUUCGAAUUUUUAAGCAGAUCGAUGCAGUGGGUAUUGUUUGGAGUUUGGAAGAAAUACAAUAUAUUGAGGAAAAGAAUUUGUUGAAUGGAUAUUUGGCGCUACUAUUAGGGAAUUUUGAUAUAGCAGAAGAAUUUUUUUUACAGUCGAGUAAGCCAAGAGAAGCUUUGGAUAUGCGUCGGGAUCUGUUACAUUGGGAUAAAGCAUUGAGUUUGGCAACACGUUUGGCUGAGGAAGAAGUACCGAUGAUUUCAAAAGAAUAUGCGCAGCAAUUAGAAUUCAUGGGAAAUUACAGUCAAGCAUUGAUACAGUACGAAAAUGGUUUGAUAGAAAAUCCAGACGAAAGUAAUGAGCAGAUUCUGGAACAUAAUGAAAUGUGUAACUCAGGCAUUGCUCGGAUGUGUAUUCGUACAGGAGAUAUUCGAAAAGGAAUUGAAAUUGCUGCAAGUAUUGAAGGACGAGCUAUCAAACGUGACUGCGCGAUAAUUCUAGAACAGCUAAAGCAGUACAGUGAUGCAACAUAUUUAUAUGAACUUGGGCAUUUUUAUGAUCGAGCUGCUGCAGUUUCGCUGAAAGCAAAGAAUUGGACUAAGGUGGGCAGUCUUUUACCCAAAGUUCAUUCGCCAAAAAUUCACACAGUUUAUGGUAAAGUGAUGGAAGGAGAGAAAAAGUACAAGCAGGCUGCAAUAGUAACGUUUC